AUGCAACAACAUUUAAUAUUUUCAUUCUAUACUAUUUUCUUCUUAUAUAAAUUUAUAUUGGCAAUUGAAUUAACAAAAGAUUUAGAUUAUUUAUUGAAGGCACAUAAUCAAAUUCGUCAAGAUGCUCGUGAUUGUAAUAUUACAGGUCAACCACAAGCUAAGAGACUACCUAAUCUUAUAUGGGAUAAUGAAUUGGCUUCAAAAGCGGCUGCAUUAUCGAAAACGUGUAAUUUUCGUUUCUCCAAUGUAACAACUAAGAAAUUUAAAGAUGUUGGACAAAAUAUAGCAGCUUAUGCUAGUGUUGAAAUUGCUAUGAAUGAAUGGAUUAAUGAACAUAACCAUUAUAAUUUUGAUAAUAAUACAUGUACAACUUCAUGUGGAAAUUAUGUACAGAUUGUAUGGCAUGGAACAACACACAUUGGAUGUGGUGUUACUUAUUGUCCAAAAACUCGACGGUUCCCAUAUGGUGUAUUUGUAGUAUGUAACUACGCUCCUGGAGCAAAGUUUGAUAGAAGUCCAUAUGAUGUAGUCAGCUAUGCAAAAUGUCCAACUGGUCAAUGGAAAUGGAAACAGUUUAAUCUGAAUGGAGAAAAUUGUUAUUGUUAUCUAUGAAAAAAAAGUUUUAUGAUUUUGUUACCUAACAGUUCCUUUUCAUAAUUAACAGUUAUCAAAAUAAAAUGUUUUAAAAUAUGUAAUAAAGAAAGAAGUUUUAAUACGGAUAUAGAGAAGUAGAGUAGAAUAUAGAAAAGUAGAUUAGAAUAUAGAGAAGUAGGGUAGAGCAAAGUAGAAUAUAGAGAAGUAAAGUAGAGUAGAACAUAGAGAAGUAAAUUAUAGAGAAGUUACUAUAUUUGAAUUAAUCACAGUGAUUAAAACUUAAAAUCAUUCCAAUGUUUCGUCCAACAAACUUGUCUUGACUUCAGAAGGUUUAAUAGUUUCCUUUAUUAUUUCAUAUAGGAGAAAUUAUUCUUUUGUAAGCACUGAUAGAUAGUGGCUAGCAGUGGAACCCAGGACUCGUGUUUCGUCCAAUUCGGGACUCG